UUAAAGUUUGGUCAGAGUUUGAUUGGGCCGAAUUAUUUCAUAGUAAUAGUGAAAAGUUAAACUUAAAACUGGCGAAGAUAAAAGGCCAAACCAUUAAACAAAAAGAACCUCUGGUAGAGGAUGAAAUUUCUGCGAAAUG